AUGGGCCGACGUCGAUGGAUGUUACUGACGGGGAUUGCUGUGAUCAUCCCAUCUGUGCUUCUCUACACAAUCGCACGCCGACGGGGCCGCCGCACAAGUGUGGAUGUAAACAAGAAGAACGGCACUCCAGUGGAGUACACAGAGGAGCAGCGUCGCUAUCACGAUAUGCUCCACUCUCUGAAAGAACGCGCGAAUGCACACUUUCAGGCUUCCCGCUAUGAAGAGGCACUCGCGGCGUAUCAGGAGUGUCUGGACGUGACCGCAGCCCUCCGCGAUGUGGACGCGGAGUCGAUGUUAGUUGACUACACAGUGCGGGCGAAUGUAGUGAUGGUCUUUCUGCGGCUGCAGCGGCCGGAGGAGGCGCGGAUAAUGGCCACUCUGCUGCUGCAGCAGCCCGACAGUACGGCCAGUCCGCUGCCCAACGAUCUCAAAGUGAAGGUGUUGUACCGCCGCGGCCUGGCGAGUCGGGCACUGGGUGAUAAUGAGUCCGCACUGUGUGAUUUUAGGGCAGCUGUUCAACUUUCACCGGGGCAGAGGAAUCUGCAGGCGGAGAAGGAAAUUGCAGCACUGCUGCAUAGUUGA